CAUAAUUUAUUUUCUUAAUAUUUCUCUUGUGGCCCAUAAACUGUAUGUAGUGGGUGAAAAAAUGAGAAGAGAAGUAUUUCGUAUUAAACAGGUUGUUUUUGAAGUGAAGCUGCUUUUCAUUGACUGAUUAUUGCAGUCUGCGAACACAUAGGCUACUGUUAAUAAUUUUAAUUAAAUGCCUUAAAUUCAUUUUAUAAAUGUCUUUAAAUAAUUUUCAUUGAGGUGUAAUUAUAAGCUAAUCAAAUCUUGUAUUAUCCUCGCAGCGCGUCAGUUAUGCGGUGAUGCGCUAUGAAAUAUUGCGGGCCAAAUGAAUUGUAGCUAAUAUCAAUUUAAUAUUAAAUAGGCCUACCCUAUACUACUACUACUACUACUACUACUAAUAAUAAUAGGCUAAUUAUUAUUAUUAUUAUUUAAUAUAUGAAUUGGAAAUGCUAAAUCCUCUUGAUAUCCAUAGCUGAUGCUUUUGACAAUAUCUCUGGAAACAUAUUGUCUAUCGGCGCAUCCCAGUACAUGGGUUUAUCGUGCAUAUUUCAAACGCAUAGUGUGAGCAGUGGAGUCACGUCUCGACCAUCGGACCGCAUAGUGUGAGCACAUAAAUCGUGCGUUUUGGCUUUCCAUCGCACGCGAUCUACUCGUACAGUGUGAGUUGGUAACCUUGCUGAAAUCGCACAGAUAUCGCACAGUGUAUGCUCGCCUUAAUCAGAUAUCGCUACAAUGUGCAGUUACAUGUAUCUUCCUCUAGAGGGCGCUCAGGUCGGUGAGGCUGUAGAGGUGUGCAGUGACGCGCUGUCCGAGGUGCUGAUCAUUCACACAGUGUUUGUGUGGAAAGAUCAGAGUCCUUGAGAUGCCAGUAGACCUAUAAGAGUAAACUAUAAAAACAUUUGUUUUUUUUUUAAAUAAAGUGAUUAAUGAUUUCAGUAUAAGAAGAAUGUCACUGCAACUUUGUCUUUCAUCUCAUAGUGUUUUUGCACCAUCUUUGUAACCUACAAAGUCUUGUUCUGAAAGAGCUGGUGAAACUGGUGAAGAGCUUCUUCUUUUCGUUCAGCACAUUGAGCUUCAGUUCACACGCCUCAUGACAUCAAACCCCAGAAACACCUUCUAUGAAGUCAAAGAGUUUCUCAAGAGCUCCAGAUGUUGGAUCAGGAUUUAUCCUGCAUCAGCAUAAAAAGAAAGAAAAAGAGGAAGUACAGAGGAACGUCACAUUGUCUGAGUUUCGAUAGUAUUUCAGCAAACUCAUGAUGAAUAAUGUGUUCAGUUCAGCUCCUCUGACUACAUAAUGUGUGUGUGUGUGUAAAUCUGCACAAGUGUCAUGUGACUGUGAGGGUUUUGCACUCAUUCAGAGGAAGUGAAGAGAGACAGGAUGUGUGAAAACAGUUAAACUACUGCAUUCAGAUCAUAGAGUCAUUUUUACACACAAACACUGCAGAUGAAAGUAAGAAUGUUUCGUCUUAUCUCUCUGAUUUCUCUGCUUAUGAUUCCUGUUGUUCUUGUGUAGUUGAGAUGACGGUCACACAUAACCAGGAAGAGGAAGACCAACAUUUAGCUUGCACUUUAUAAAGUGUGAAAACUGCAGGCGUUUGACGGCUUAAACUGAUGAUGAUUUUGUCAUUUGUGCGUCGACACUGACACACUGACACUGCAGAGCGUUUUCUGAUUGCAGAAGUCACUAUGGUGUCGUCUCUCAUAAAGUCUCUUCCUCUGAUCGUAGUGAUCAUGACUGCGGGGGUUGAUGGUCAGCAGGAUUGGGGAGUGAAUUACAGCCCUUCAUAUGUUUGUGCAUUAAAGGGAACAAAAGUGAAAAUAUCCUGUACUUUAAAAUAUCCUCAUGGUCAUGUGAUCAGAACAGCCUUCUGGACCAAACAUGUUGUAACUGAUGGAGAAUCACCUGAUCUGUGUUCAGAUCCAGAGGAGAGAGGAGGGAUUCAGUGUUUGAGUGAAGAUAAAGACACUCACAGCAUCACUUUGACGAAAGUAACAGAAGCUGAUAAACACGUCUACUACUGCAGAUUUACUACAAACAUUGAUGGUGGAAAUUGGACGGGGAUUCCUGGAGUUCAGCUUGACGUCACAGACCUGCAGGUGGAGACACAGCAGAGAGUGAAAUUGGGAGAUUCAGUCACUCUGACAUGUAAAAGCAGCUGCUCUCUGACUGAACAAACAACAUUCAUCUGGUACAGAAGCAGAGAGAUAUUAACUGAUCGAACAGUGAAUCAGCUUCAUCUUCAGUCAGUCAGUCGUUAUGAUGCUGGAAACUACAGAUGUGGUGCUGUAAGAGGAAAUGAACAUCUUCGCUCUCCACCUGUUUAUCUCAAAGUAGAUUGGGUUGAUGGUCUGCAGGAUCGGGGAGUGAAUUACAGCCCUUCAUAUGUUUGUGCAUUAAAGGGAUCAACAGUGAAAAUAUCCUGUACUUUAACACAUAAUUAUAAACUCAUAAAAGGUUUCUGGACCAAACCUGUUGGAGAAUCACCUGAUCUGUGUUCAGAUCAGGAGAAGAGAGGAGGGAUUCAGUGUCAGAGUGAAUAUGAACACACUCACAGCAUCACUUUGGUGAAUGUAAGAGAAGCUGAUAAACACGUCUACUACUGCAGAUUUACAGGUUAUCAGAAUAAAAGAUGGACAGUGAUUCCUGGAUCUUGGCUUGAUGUCACAGACCUGCAGGUGGAGACACAGCAGAGAGUGAAAGAGGGAGAUUCAGUCACUCUGACAUGUAAAAGCAGCUGCUCUCUGACUGAACAAACAACAUUCAUCUGGUACAGAAGCAGAGAGAUAUUAACUGAUCAAACAGUGAAUCAGCUUCAUCUGCAGUCAGUCAAACAUUCUGAUGACGGAAACUACAGAUGUGCUGUAAGAGGACAUGAUUAUCUUCGCUCUCCACCUGUUUAUCUUAAAGUUUAUUCGGUUGAUGGUCAGCAGGAUUGGGGAGUGAAUUACAGCCCUUCAUAUGUUUGUGCAUUAAAGGGAUCAACAGUGAAAAUAUCCUGUACUUUAAAAUAUCCUAAUAAUCAUAAGCUCAUAAAAGCUUUCUGGACCAAACCUGCUGGAAAAUCACCUGAUGUGUGUUCAGAUCAGGAGAAGAGAGGAAGAGUUUGGUGUCACAGUGAAUAUGAACACACUCACAGCAUCACUUUGACGAAUGUAAGAGAAGCUGAUAAACACGUCUAUUACUGCAGAUUUACAGAUGAUCAGAAUAAAAGAUGGGCAGUUAUUCAUGGAGCUCGUCUUGAUGUCACAGACCUGCAGGUGGAGACACAGCAGAGAGUGAAAGAGGGAGAUUCAGUCACUCUGACAUGUAAAAGCAGCUGCUCUCUGACUGAACAAACAACAUUCAUCUGGUCCAGAAACACACAGAGAUUCACUAAAGGAAUUGAGAAAGAGAAUCAGCUUCAUCUGCAGUCAGUCAGUAGUUCUGAUGAAGGAAACUAUCAGUGUGAAAUAAGAGGAAAUAAUGAUCAUCUGAUCUCUCCUGCUGUUCAUCUUGAUGUUGAAUAUCCUCCAAAGAGCGUCUCAGUGUCCAUCAGUCCGUCUGGUGAAAUAGUGUCAGGAGAUUCAGUGACUCUGAACUGCAGCAGUGAUUCAAACCCUCCUGCAGAAAUCAGCUGGUUUAAGGAAGGAAAGUCUGUAGGAUCUGGAAGAAUCUUCAGCAUCUCAAACAUCAGCUCUGAUCACAGUGGAGAAUACAAGUGCAGAUCCAGAAAUAAACAUGGAGAGGAAAACUCUGAUACUGUGAUGCUGAAUGUCACGUAUCCUCCAAAGAGCGUCUCAGUGUCCAUCAGUCCGUCUGGUGAAAUAGUGUCAGGAGAUUCAGUGACUCUGAACUGCAGCAGUGAUUCAAACCCUCCUGCUCUGAACUUCAGCUGGUUUAAGGAAGGAAAGUCUGUAGGAUCUGGAAGAAUCUUCAGCAUCUCAAACAUCAGCUCUGAUCACAGUGGAGAAUACAAGUGCAGAUCCAGAAAUAAACAUGGAGAGAAAAACUCUGAUACUGUGAUGCUGAAUGUCAUGUAUCCUCCAAAGAGCGUGUCAGUGUCCAUCAGUCCGUCUGGUGAAAUAGUGUCAGGAGAUUCAGUGACUCUGAACUGCAGCAGUGAUUCAAACCCUCCUGCUCUGAACUUCAGCUGGUUUAAGGAGGAUGAAACCUCAGCUGUUGGAUCUGGACAGAGUUUCAGCAUCUCCAGCUUUAACUCCAGUUUCAGUGGACGCUUCUACUGUGAGGCUCAGAAUAAAUAUGGAUCUCAGAGAUCAGCGUCUGUUUCUCUCACUGUUAAAGGUAUUUUCUAUAAACAGACACUCUUUCAGGUUCAUCUGUCUCACGUAUGAAAUGAUCUUCAUGAU